CCUUCUCUACUCGAAUCGACAGAGACAGAAGUCUCUGAUAAUGUUGAACAUCGUGGACCUCAGCUUGAAGAUCACGCUAACGGGGAUCUGGCUCUGGCAACGGGACCCGGACAACGGUGGACUCAUCGAGGGUUUGUCGUGGGCCGCGUGUUGCAUGGCGGCGAAUCUGGUGAUCUGCGUGCUCGGCUGGUGGCGUUGCUUUUCUAACAAUUACCUGUACUGGGCCUCGAUAUUCACUUGGUUAUUAAUAAACUCUCAAGGUUUCAUAGGUGCCGGUCUGAAUUUCACCACGCAGCAGCGGCUCAUGUGGUACAUACUCUUCGUCGUGUACGCGCCCUACGCGAUGUUGCCUCUGCCACUGCGAUGGUGCGUCCUCGCCGGCUACGGAACGGCGCUAACACACAUGGUGAUGGCCGGCAUAAGUCUCCUGCAGGACUCCACAUACCUGCGAGACGCCGCGUGUAUCAUUCGCAUGCUGACGACGAACGUGCUGUUGUACCUGGCCGUGAACUUGGCCGGCAUGUACACCAAGUACUUGACGGACCGGGGACAGCGGCAAGCCUUCCUGGAGACCCAUCGUUCCACAGAGACGCGACAACGCACGCAGAACGAGAACAAUCGACAGGAAAAGCUGCUGCUCUCAGUGUUGCCCGACUUCGUCGCGAAGGAAAUGAUCCGCGACAUCGCCCGCGAGACGGCACGUGGUGGGACGAUAUCAUUCACGCCGAAUCAGUUCCACCGGAUAUACAUCCACCGUUACGAGAACGUCAGCAUCCUAUUCGCUGACAUCAAAGGAUUCACGGCACUGGCGAGUCAGUGCAGCGCCCAGGAGUUGGUGAAGGUCCUGAACGACCUGUUCGCCCGUUUCGACAAGCUCUCGGCGGAGAAUCAUUGUCUGCGCAUAAAGCUCCUCGGCGACUGUUACUACUGCAUCUCCGGCCUGCCGAUCGCCAGGAGCGAUCACGCUCACUGCUGCGUCGAGAUGGGCCUGCACAUGAUAAAGGCCAUACGGGACGUUAGGUUCACUACGAAGGUGGAUUUGAAUAUGAGGAUAGGAAUACACAGCGGAUCGGUGCUGUGCGGGGUCUUGGGUCUGCGAAAGUGGCAGUUCGAUGUGUGGUCGUACGACGUGACGCUCGCAAAUCAUCUCGAGAGCGGAGGAAUACCGGGGAGGGUACACAUUUCCGCUGACACGCUCAAGUGCCUCAACGACGUUUACGAGGUGGAACCCGGCUAUGGCUGCGAGCGGGACAAUUAUCUAAAGGACAGGAACGUUGUGACGUAUCUCAUCAAGCAGUUGGAGCCGCAGAAGUCCAGACGAAGGCAGUCGUCGAAGCCGAAGGUCUGGACGGAGGAAGAGCUGGCCGCGAACAAGAACAAGAAGAGCUUCAAAGUGAAUAAUCCACAUGCCGUGAACAGCAAUGCACCCCCGGACGACGAUAUCGGGGUUGACUGGACGCCUGAAAUUCCGUUCGAGAAUCUGAACACGGCUACAUCGGUGAGUAACUUGGAGUCCGAGUAUCUAGAGGAGGAGAAUGGCCAGCCAGCCAAACCGAGCAACAAAGCAGCUUCGACGACGUCCGGCGAGAAGAAGGGCGCUAUCGAGACUGCCAGCAACAAACGUAUGAGAUCGGCGAACAUAAACACGUGGACCUUGCGCUAUAACGACGAGAGCUUGGAAUCCAAGUUUGAUCAAUUGCGAGAGGACAUGUUCAAGUCUAAUAUGAUAUGCUGCUUCGUCAUAUGGCUCUUCAUCGCCGUCUGCCAAGCCAUAAUCUUGUCUGAUUGCAUGAUUCUCCUGAUCUCGUUGCUGGUGACCACGGUGAUACUGGUGGCGUCGUCGAUCCUGGUGAUGGCGGAGGAGUUCAAGGGCAUGCCGACGUAUCUGCAACACACGUCGUCCAUGCUGGUGCACAACAAGAAGCACCGCACCGUCUUCAUCUGCGGCGUUAUCAGCCUGAUGAUGUUGACAUCCAUCAUCGGCGUGCUGACGUGUCCCAUCACGGUACGCCCUUACCAGGAAGUGAUGGUGCUCGAGCAACAGCAGGUACCGACAACGAUCGCGACGGUACCGCUUCCAAUGCAGGAGAAAUUGACGGCGACCACCUCGAGCCUGGAUCACUUUGUCCUUACGUUCCUAGAGGCUGCCCUGAGCGACGAGUCCACCGAGGGUGGAAAGAGUGUUGUCCCCUCGACGGAGAACAACACUUUGGAAACGGGUUCCAGCAAUAUCGAGCUGAAACUGACACGAGUGGUGAAUGAUAGGGCGCCUGGAAGAAGCAGGAGAGAGUUCUUCAGAUUCUACAGGUACGAGCAGCAUUACGGAAAGCCGGAAACCGAAAGCCGGCAUUACAGACGAGUCGCGCUCGAACGCGACGCCGAGGGAGGCUCCCAAAGAAGGAUUCUCUCUGUCGACGAAGAGGAGCCGCUCAAAGCUGCUCAUAUUCGCUCAAAGCGAUUGGCUCUGAGGAGUCUCGACGAGCUUGAGGAGAUCGGCUGUAUCCGGCCGGAGUAUAUGGUGUUCACAUGGAUUCUGUGCCUCAUCGCGCUCGCUUCAGCUCUGAAGUUAUACUAUCUGGUGAAGACCGCGCUAGCUGCGGCGAUUGUCCUGGUGUACGCGGUGCUGAUCCUCGUCGUGUGCAAGGACAUGUUCACCGAGAAAGAAACGAACGCAUCGGCGAUAUCUCUACCGGCGCAGAUGCUGACCUUCUUGAUUGUCUUCCUCGUGAUGGUCACGUACCACGGCAGACUGGUGGAGGUGACGUCGCGUCUGGACUUCCUGUGGAAGCAGCAGGCCGAGAGAGAGUUGAGCGACAUGAUCGAGUCGCGGCAUAACAAUAUGCAGCUCCUGAAGAACAUCCUGCCGGACCACGUGGCGCAUCACUUCCUCACGGCGGAACGCGCGCCGGAAGAACUCUACUCGCAGUCGCGGGACAAGGUCGGCGUGAUGUUCGCCAGCGUGCCGAACUUCACGGAAUUUUAUUCGGAGGACGUGAACAAGGGGAUGGAGUGCAUUCGUCUGCUUAACGAGAUCAUCGCUGAUUUCGACGAGCUGCUGGACGAGCCGCCGUUUCAUUGCAUCGAGAAGAUAAAGACGGUCGGCGCCACUUAUAUGGCCGCGUCGGGUCUGAAUCCCAGCCAAAUCGAUAACAACGGCGACGACAUGGAGCACUUGUGCAGGCUGGUUGACUACGCGGUGGCCAUGCGUCACCGUCUCGACGACGUGAACGUUCACUCGUUCAACAACUUCGAUCUGCGAGUGGGCAUCAGCUGCGGACCCCUUGUAGGCGGUGUGAUCGGGGCCCGGAAGCCAGUCUUCGACAUAUGGGGCAAUACUGUGAACGAAGCUUCCAGGAUGGACUCCACCGGCGUGAUGGGCAAGAUACAAGUUCCGCAUGAUAUCGCCAGGUUUCUGGAAAAGAGGGGUUACCAGACGCAGAAACGCGGGCUAAUCGAGGUGAAGGGAAAGGGUACGAUGGAGACGUACUUUGUAUUGGGCAAAGCCACGCUGCAGCAGGAGGGCACCCCGAGGCACAGGAGCACCUGCCGAAGCCUCGCCGCGGUGGUCUACGGUGUGGUCCAGGCGCGUCGCAAGCAGAUCAGAAAGCAGGCGAUGCGACGAACGUAGAUCGAGAAUCUCCGAGAAUAGCUUCCUCGUGUAGAGCGUUGCCAAUGCUGCCAGAUUGGUGCGGAAAGUCUCAACAAUUGGGAACAGAGAGUCGCGCAGGUUUACAUUUCAUCAAGGCAGUCUACGACGCACGUAUAUUUCAUCUAGAAAGAAUUAUUUCAAUUUUCCUUUUAAAAAAAUAAAACGUACAAUAUAUAGUAAAAUAACAUAUCGAUAUUAAUAGAAAAAGAUAAACCUUUGCACCAAUCUGACGGAUAAGCGCGACAAGAAUUUGAGCGGACAUUCAGGUCUUGAAAAGGAGUUCUGUCCAAUUUCAUUUCCGUGUCAUCUUGCCACAAAAUAUUGAAUGUAUAUAGCACUUACAAUAAAUAAAAUCGAUCUUAUACAAACCCACA